AUGGCCACCGACAACACCAAGUACUACGAGCUCUACCGCCGAAGCAGCCUGGGCGGCUCUCUCACGGACACCCUGGACAACCUCAUCACCGAGCGCCGGAUAGAACCCCAGCUCGCCAUGAAGAUCCUCCUCAACUUUGACAAGGCCGUCGCCGAUGUGCUCUCGGAGAAGGUCAAGUCGCGCUUGACAUUCAAGGGACAUCUCGAUACCUACCGCUUCUGCGACGACGUAUGGACCUUCAUUAUCAAGGAUAUCAACUUCAAGCUGGACAACACCCAUCAAGUUCAUGCCGACCGCGUCAAGAUUGUUAGCUGCAACGCGAAGCGUCCUGGCGAGGCCUAG